AUGGCGGGGUCGGAUGAAGUGAAUAGUCGUCCGGUGGAGAACCACGAUAAUGCAAAAAUACAGUUAACUGGUGCGGAGUUGAAAGCACUGGUGGAUGAUGCGGUCACUAAGGCAUUAGAAAGACAGUACAGUGAGUACAGCGGGACCCAUAGUAGAACCCUGUCUACACCGCAUAAUAAGUCUAAGACUCAUUCGGAGGCUCACAGUAAGCCACCUUCUGUCCAACCCAAGUCUAAAAAGGAGGAAUCUAAGAAGGAGGAUGAUAGACAUUCUUCGAAUGAAAAUGAUAAUCAUUCCAAGAAGAUUGUGCUUUAUGAUGCCCCACGUGCCAAGGACGCAGUUAGACAGAGAUCAAUGAGAGCCGCAGAUGCCGAGAAGCGAAAACGCGAAGAUGAUAGUUCGCGACGCUCAGAUAAAAAGCGUAAGGGCAAUGACGACCACAAGAAAGGGUCGGGAUCCAAGAAGGGAGAUCAACAGUCGGGUGAAAAGCCCAGGUUCAAGUUCAUGGCGUCGUCGAGAGAUAAUUUGAAGGUUUACAUUCGAGUUACUCAAAACAAAUCAGUCUCUGAAAACCCUAAAUCAUCAAAGAAGCGAAAAACAUCAACAGCUGAAGAGAACAUUGAUGAACAAGAAAAUAUUAGCCGAAAAUCAACAAUCAAACAACAAAGAACUAGAAAACGCAAAGAUAUUUCAGACAAUGUUAAAAAACAAGAGGAAAAACAACAACAGGAAAAACAAAAAAGGCGAAGAAAGAAAGUGGUGAUAGAAUCAUCAGAAGAAACAGUUUCUGAUUCAAUGGAUGAAAAAUCUAGUCGAGCAAUUGUUCUGCAUACUUCCAAUCAACAACAAGUAAAUUCAGAUGAUGAUUUUGUUGAUCCACAACCAAGAGUUAACCUGACAAAAAAUCAAAAGAAGGAAAAGGCAGAAUCAAAACCAAAGAGAUCACAGAGGAAAGAUAAAACAAAAGAACAACCAGAACAACAACCAUAUUAUGAUUACGACGGAAAAAAAAUUAACAUUAGAUGUGCAGUCAAUAAUCUAAAAGAUUAUAUUGAAGGUUUGUCAAAAGAGCAAAGGAAUGUUGUUAGAGAAAUAGGGUUUGAGAGCAUACUAAAAUUCAAGCUGCAUUCAGUUCCACGGAAAUUCGGUUAUUGGCUGGUAAAAAACUUUGAUGCUGAAAAUGAUGAGAUAAAUAUUGGAGAUGAAAAGAUUAAGAUCACAGCUGAAUUCAUCCAAAAGGUAUUUCAAAUACCAAAUGGAAAAACAGAGAUUGUGGAAAAACUGAGACCAAAAGACACUGAUCUUAUAAUUAAAUUCUGGCGCGGUCAAUUCCCCAAAGAUAUUUUGCAAAGAAUGUAUGCGCACAACUUGAUUACUUAUUUAAAAUCAAGAAAUGAGCUUGGAAGAUUGUUCAAACUGAAUUUCUUGGUUAUUUUUUUUACGAUCAUGGCGGAGGCAAUGCAGAGUAGUAAUGUUAAUCAAAGAUUCCUGCCAUCAAUGAAAAGUGACAAAAAAACCCAGAAUUUUAAUUGGUGUGAAUAUAUGCUGACCGUUUUAAAGCAUACAAGAAGACAAUGGCCUGGAAAUGAGAAGCUCUUCAAUGGACCUAUUGCAUUGUUAGCGAUACUAUAUGCAUACAAAAAACAAGGAUUUGAUGAUACUGAAAACACUGAAGAGUUCUCACUUGAUAAAAUUGAUUCUACAACAUUACAAGAAUUUGAAGAUGAAUUGGAAAUUGCUGCACAAAAUGACGGCAGAUGUCUUGUAAAUGAUAAAGUUAAAAAAGUCAGAAAGACUAAACAAAAAAAGAAAGAUGAAAAGAAUGAAUUUUAUGUUUAUCCAAGUGAAUCCGAGAAUGAAAACGAAGAAAUUUUUGAAGAUGAAUCUGAAGAAAAACAUGAAGACGAUGCUGAAGAACAACCAAUCUCCUUACUUAAAGCUGCAACAGACUGGAUUGAUCAAGAGAAUCAAGAGAAUGUUCAAAACAGCCAAAUUAUAACAAAUGAAACUGAGAAAACAAAUACAGAAAGUGGAGGAUCAUGGGGGCAAUUCUUCAUUAAACCAUCAGUAGGAAAUAAAGAUAAAAUGUGGGUAGACAGUCAAAGCCGACUGCGUAAUUUCAUACCAUCACAAAAUCAAAGUGAAGGUCUUUCUGACAUUCAUUCAACAAAAAGUGGCGAUGAAAAUAUGAAGAACAUUAAAGAUAAAAAAUCACAUGAAGAAUAUCUUGUGACUGCUUUGGAUCAACAUUUUAAAGGAAUUGAAGAAGUUUUCGAAAGCAUUCAAUCACGCAUAGAUGAGAUUGUGGAGGAAACUCCAACGAGUGAAGCUCUUCAUAACAAAGUUAACGAAUGGGUGUCAUUGAUUGAAAAAUUCCACCAUCAAGCAAAAAAGCACCAGAAAGUUAAUAUUGAUUCAACUAUGAUUGAAACACCAUCAAGAUUUCUAAAUUUGAGCCAAAAUGAAGACACUGAAAAUCAAAUCAUUUCAACACCAUUGAUUGUAAAACGCAAUGAUGAUGAUACAAAACACAAUGAGGAUAGCUCACCUCUAGUUCAAUCAUCCAAUCCAGAAACAAUCAGUGAGAAUGAACCUGCAUCUGUUCUGCAAACACACAUUGAAAAACCUUCAAUGGUACAAUCAUCAUUUAGCGAAGAAACUCCAUCAUUAAUGUUGGAGAUUAUCAAAAAGACAGAUGAAGAAGAAAAAAAAUCAAAUCUAAAGAAAUUUAAUGAUGAUGAGGUACCAUCCUUUGAUUUGAAAAUUUCUCAGUUGUCUUCAAAUGUUGAUGAAAAUGAAGUUGAAGUUGAUGCUACUGGACACGGUGAACAAACCGAAAUUCAAGCGGAAUCUGAAAAAAAAAACAAUCGAACAAGAUGUUCAAAUUACUGGAAUACAAACAAUGUUUGA